UCUGUCUGACAAAACAAAAAUCAUUGAUGCUACAAUUUUGACUUCCACAACCACCCCUCCCACAUCUUCGACUGUAGCACCAAUGUUAACAACAGCCAAUGAAUCAACCACAACUCUGCCUGACACCACAACUACUACUGAUGCAACAACAACUUUGGAUUCCACAACCACCCCUCUAAUGUCAACCACUGAUGCAUCAACCACAACUCUGUCUGAAACCACAACAACUACUGAUGCAACAAUUUUGGCUUCUACAAUGACCGCUCCAAAAUCCUUAACUUCUGCACAAAUGUCAACAACUGAUGCAGCAACCACAACUAUACCUGACACCACAACAACUACUGAUGCAAAAACAUCUCUGGCUACCUCAACCUCCUUUCCAACACCCCCAACUGUGACACCAGCGGCAACAAUAUCUGAUGCAGCAACUAACACUCUGUCACACACCACAACAACUACUGAGGCAACAACAACUUUGGAUUCCACAACCACCCCUCUAAUGUCAACCACUGAUGCAUCAACCACAACUCUGUCUGAUACCAAAACUACUACUGAUGCAACAACAACUUUGGCUUCAACAACCAUCCCUCCAACAUCCUCAGCUACAGUACCAAUGUUGACAAAUGAUGGAAUUACAUCAACUAUGCUUGACUAUUCAACAACUAUUGAUUCAACAAGAACUUUAGCUACCACAACAACACUUUCAACAUCUUCAACUGUGGCACAAAUGUCAACAACAACUAAUGAAGAAACAACAACUAUGUCUGACACCACUACAUCUACUGAUGCAACAACAACUUUGGAUUCCACAACCACCCCUCUAAUGUCAACCAUUGAUGCAUCAACCACAACUCUGUCUGAAACCACAACAACUACUGAUGCAACAACAACUUUGGAUUCCACAACCACCCCUCUAAUGUCAACCACUGAUGCAUCAACUACAACUCUGUCUGACACCACAACAACUACUGAUGCAACAACAACUUUGGAUUCCACAACCACCCCUCUAAUGUCAACGACAGAUGCAUCAACCACAACUCUGUCUGACAUCAAAACAACUACUGAUGCAACAAUUUUUGCUUCCACAACCACCCUUCCAAAAUCCUUAACUAUAGCACCAAUGUCAACAACUGAUGCAGCAACCACAACUAUACCUGACACCACAACAACUACUGAUGCAAAAACAUCUCUGGCUACCUCAACCUCCUUUCCAACACCCCCAACUGUGACACCAGCGGCAACAAUAUCUGAUGCAGCAACUAACACUCUAUGCAACAAUUUUGACUUCCUCAACCACACCUCCAUAUUCCUCAACUAUAGCACCAACGUCAACAACUGA